UCAAAUUUUUUUACAUAAAAGACGCUUCAGUUAUGUAUUCGGUUGCAUAUACUUGCACUUCGUCAGAUUGACGCGAUCGCCGAAAAUGACGUGCAGAUUUUUCCUGACGCUCGCAUUUCUUGCAGUUUGCUUAGUUGCCUUACGCGAAGGCAGUCCGAUCCAUCAACGAAAUAGACGCGAGACCAAUACGAAAGCGAACAAUGAAGAAUUUGAAAAAUUUUUCCUGAAGGCAUCCAAAUCCGUACCACGAAUUGGAAGAAGAGGAUCUUCGAACGACUUUUACCCAAUGGACGAGGAAAAGUUUUCAUUCUUUAGAUAUCCAUUCGUUCAUCAACCCAAACGGUCGAUGGGAAAGGGGAUUGACGCGUCAAUUUGGGCGGAUAUCGAUACCAUAUUUGAGUUUAAUCCACAAUUACCGAGGAUAUUGGAGUAUUUAUCCAGUCUUCCACGCGACCGCCCGCAGUACGAUGCUUUACAUGCCAAGUUAAAAAGUCCACCCCUCGAUGGAAGAAAGGAGCUUCUGGAAUAUAGACUUCAAGAAGAAGUAUAAACGAAUCCCAGAGAAUCGGGAGGGAAGGGUGUACUUAUCUCACAUGUUCUGCGUUAUUAGUUGAAGUUCAUUUAUUUCAUUGUAGCGUAGGUACACACGUUGUACGUUAAUAAACAAUUUAAUUAUU